CUAUGGCUCUCACUGUGAAACAAAUGGCUCUGAUUGUUUCUUGUUUUGGUAUCUUGUCUUUCAUUUUGGGUGUUGUCGCUGAAAACAAGAAGCCUGCUUAUGGAACGCCAGUAACCGACAAUAAUGGUGUCACCUGCAAGUUCCCAGCUGAUCCAACAGUUGCGUUGGGGUAUCUUUCUGCAGCAUUUCUCAUUGCAUCCACCGUGGCUGGAUUUUUCUCUCUAUUUUAUCCUUAUGACGGAAGGUCUGUUCCACAAGGGGUUCUGUUCAAAAGCACUAGUUUCAUGGUAUUCUUCAAUAUUGCAUUGUUUUCAACUGGACUAGCUGCAACUAUGUUGUUAUGGCCAACAAUCACUGAACAGAUUCACCUUACUCGUAAUGUUCAUCAUGAUGUCAACUAUACUUGCCCUACAGCUAAAACUGGUCUCUUUGGAGGUGGUGCUUUUUUAUCCUUUAAUUCAUCCCUCUUUUGGUUGGUUGCCCUUCUGUUGGCUGACAAUGCUCGGGAGGAUUUUUUUGAUGAAGAUAAAAGUGAAUUUGGUAUAGUUUCCUCAAAUGCUUAUGAUGCAAAUAUUGGCCAUAUAGGAGUGAAUGGAAGUGCCUAA